AUGGCUUCGGCCAUACCGCAACCACACCACGCCAACGAUAUGGCGUUACCGAAUGGACAUUCGAUCGAGGCGAGCGCGGAGCUUCCCAAGGUACCACUGCCACGCACGCGCAGCGACAGCGAUCUUUCGGAUAUAAACGAUAUUCCUACCACCACUAUAUCAUCAACCGGAGCCGGGGACGAGGCGCCUUCGGACGACGAUGCCAUCCACGACAUGGCGACGUCUGAACUCGAUGAAGAUGAAGAUGCUCCAGGUGAAGAGGACGCAGACUUUGACGAGGAGACACCUCCUCCCGCACACCCCGAUCGGAUGGACGUUGACGGAUCGUCGUCCGAGUCCGGUUCAAGACCWAGGAAGCGGAAGACGGAGGUUGACGACGAGGAACUCAUGAAGCAGAAUCCAGAGUUGUAUGGCUUACGGCGUAGUGGCCGAGCAAGACCUACCCGUCGCGUGGUCGAUAGUUCCGACGAAGAUGAGGAUGACGAGGGCGAAGUGAACACUGGCAGGCGGCGGAAACGCCAAAAACUUGCCGGCGGCCGACCCUCAUCUACUCGUGGCGACAGGGAAUCUUCUCGUCAGAUUACAUCCGCGGGCUCCGAAUCCGAGGAAGGUGGCACCUACGGCGGCCAGCGCGGACGCACAUUUGCCAAAAAGCACAGGCAAAAGAUGCAGGCCAUCGCCUCCGGCGGCGGCACACCGCAACUUGGCGAAGUACGCUUCUCGACACGACGAGCUGCCAAGGUGACCAAUUACGACGAUGAUCAGGACCUCGGAAUCAGCGAUGAGGUCGAGAGUGAUACCGCCACGCCCAAUUACUACUACGUGGAGGACAACACGCCAGCCAUUGAUGCAAUCCUCAACCACAGGCUCAAGGAAGGCAUAGAAGCAAGCAACUCCGACAAGCAAGAUUACGAGUUCUACAUCAAAUGGCAGGGUCAAGCACAUUAUCACGCCACAUGGCAUCCAUGGGCAGAUCUUGUGGCAUACAAAGGUUUCCGUCGACUCGAGAACUACUUCCGCAAGACCGUAAAGGUUGAAAUCGGCCUGGCGCAAGAUCCGGACAUUGCGGCCGAGGACCGAGAGAAGUGGAACUUGGACCGCGAAGCCUUCAUCGACACCCUCCGCGACUACAAAAAGGUUGAACGUGUUAUUGGUGCAAGAGAUGGUGAUGAUGGAACGGAAUACUACGUCAAGUGGAAGGGACUCUACUAUGACUGUUGCACAUGGGAGUCUGCGAGCCUCGUGAGUCAAGAGGCACAGACGGAAAUCGAUCGCUAUCUCGACCGCUCUGCGAAACUACCAUCAUCGGACAAGGCUGAGGYAAGCAUCAACACGCGAUCGCCAUACAAGCCGUUCCGCUCACAGCCUUCAUACAUCAAAGGAGGGGAGCUACGAGAGUUCCAGAUCGCCGGCGUCAACUUCCUGGCUCAUCAUUGGUGCAAAGGCAACAAUGUCAUCCUCGCAGAUGAGAUGGGUCUCGGAAAGACUGUCCAGACCGUCUCGUUCAUGAACUGGCUCCGGCAUGACCGCCGACAACACGGACCAUUCAUCGUGGUUGUUCCCCUAUCAACUAUGCCGGCAUGGGCCGACACUUUUGACUUCUGGACACCCGACCUGAACUAUGUCGUCUACAACGGUAACGAAGCAUCGCGCAAGAUCAUCAGGGAGUACGAGCUGCUCGUGGACGGCAAUCCCAAGAAGAUCAAGUUCAACGUGCUCCUCACAACCUACGAGUACAUCCUGCAUGAUUCGGCCUUUCUCUCCUCGCUCAAGUGGCAAUUCAUGGCCGUCGAUGAGGCUCACCGAUUGAAGAAUCGCGAGUCGCAGCUUUACGCGAAGUUGAYGGACUUUGGUGCUCCAAGCCGCCUCCUCAUCACCGGCACGCCUAUGCAGAAUACUCUAAGUGAGCUCUCUGCACUCAUGGACUUCCUCAUGCCAGGCAAGAUCUUUGUUGAUGAGCACAUCGACCUCACAUCAGAGCAUGCCAGCAGGAAGCUUGCUGAACUUACCGAUGCCAUUUCGCCGUACAUGAUCAGACGGACCAAGCAAAAGGUUGAAAAUGAUCUGCCACCAAAGACGGAGAAGAUUAUUCGAGUCGAACUUUCCGAUGUUCAGUUGGAAUACUACAAGAACAUCCUCACGCGUAACUAUGCGGCGCUGAAUGCUGGCAGCAAGGCGGGCAAGACUUCUUUACUGAACAUCAUGAUGGAGCUGAAGAAGGCUAGCAAUCACCCCUUCAUGUUCCCGAACGCUGAAGAUCGCAUUCUGGACGGCAGCGACGCUCGCGAUGACCAAUUGAAAGCCCUCAUCACGUCCAGUGGCAAGAUGAUGCUUCUUGAUCAAUUGCUCACGAAGAUGAAGAAAGAUGGACACAGAGUUCUGAUCUUUAGUCAAAUGGUCAAGAUGCUUGAUAUCCUCGGCGAUUAUCUCCAACUUCGUGGACAUCAGUUCCAGAGACUGGAUGGUACCAUCGCGGCGGGUCCCAGACGCAUGGCGAUUGACCACUUCAAUGCAAAAGACAGCAAUGACUUUUGCUUUUUGCUCUCCACUCGUGCUGGUGGUCUUGGGAUCAACCUCAUGACCGCCGACACGGUCAUCAUCUUCGACUCGGACUGGAAUCCUCAGGCUGACUUGCAGGCCAUGGCUCGUGCGCAUCGCAUUGGCCAGAAGAAGCCUGUCACCAUCUACCGUCUUGUCUCGAAGGACACAGUUGAAGAAGAAGUGCUCGAGCGUGCGCGCAACAAAUUGAUGCUCGAGUUCAUUACCAUUCAGCGCGGCGUCACCGACAAGGACGCUCGUGAACUUGGCGAUCGCAUGGCCCGGGUUGGUGCUAGCACCGCCGAGCCAAAUUCUUCGGACGAUAUCUCACGCAUCCUCAAGAAGCGUGGACAAAAGAUGUUUGAGCAGUCUGGCAAUCAGCGCAAGCUUGAGGAGCUGGAUAUUGAUGCUGUACUUGAAAACGCCGAAGAGCACCGGACGGAGCAGCCUGAGGGCAUGACUACUGACGGUGGCGAGGAGUUCUUGAAGAGUUUCGAAUACACCGACGUCAAAGUCGAUCUUGAGUGGGAUGAGAUUAUACCCAAGCACGAGAUUGAUAAGCUUAAAGAGGCGGAGCGCAAGAAGCAAGAAGAAGCCUACCUCGCGUCUGUCAUCGAGGACAGCCAGCCACGAAAGCGGAAAGCAGCUGCGGAUGACGGCCGAGAUCAGCGUGCUGCGAAGAAGCGUGCUCGCGACCUCAACGCCACUGCUGAGAUGGAUGCCGACUCCGGCGAUGAUGAUUCCGACCACGGGAGUGAUCCUAAGCGAGCUCUGGGUGAGAAGGAGUGUCGCCAUCUGGUGCGCGCAUACGAACGAUUUGGAGCGAUUGACGAGAAGCAAGAUGAGAUCAUCAGGGAAGCCCGACUUCUGGGACGCGACGUGAAUGUGGUCCGCGAUACUCUCAAGGAGAUCAUCGACACGGCCAUCCGUCUGCAACAGGAACAGGCCGAACAGCUCAAGGAGAUUGAGCGCACGACAAACAAGCCAAUCACCAAAAAGGAACGCAAGGCAGUCCUGUUCGACUUCCGCGGUGUCAAGCGGCUGAAUGCUCAGACAUUGACCGAUCGUCCGGAAGAGAUGCGCAUGAUACGCAACUGUGUGGACUCGAUUUCUGACUGGCGGAACUUCCGGGUGCCAGAGGCUCAAAAGCCAGCUUCGUACACUGCCGAGUGGGGCGCCAAAGAAGACGGCAUGCUUUGUGUCGGUCUAGCUCGCCAUGGCUACGGCGCCUGGAUACCAAUCCGCGACGAUGUCGAGCUUGGUUUGAGUGAAAAGUUCUACUUGGAGGAGCAUCGUGUCGGUGCCAAGGAGGCUAGAAACACCGCAGGAGAUGAGUCUAAGCAGGCCAAGUCUCCGGGGGCAGUUCACCUUGUGCGGCGAGCAAAUUACCUGAUCAGCGUGCUGAAGGACAAGAUCAGCAACGGCACCAACCAGGCUGCUAAACGGGCUUUGGACAAUCACCACCGGAAUAACCGCAAACACUUGGGAUCACAUGGUCGCACAGGCACGCCCGGCCAUGCGGGGAGCCCAGGCCCCRACGGCCACCGCAAACUCAACUCCACUGAUGGUAGAAGUCUUCACCAGUCCGACAUUCGAAACAGCAUGGACCGUCGACAGCAUGGAUCUCCCAAUGGGCAUCAUCGUGGCAAGGAUGAUCGCGGCAAGCACCGCUAUUCGGAAGAACGAAAGGGAGGCCAUCAUCGCAACCACAGCUCUCCCAAUGGAGGAGUGUCCAGGCCGCCCCUGUCCGAGGCGGACGAACAUGUUCGCAAGAUCUUUGAACCUAUUCACAGCACUUUGAUCAAGGUUACAGGCGCGACUAAGAAGAAGAUGCCCGAAGAUGACGCUCGUCUCAAAAUGAUUAAGAUGGGUCUGGUUACGAUUGGCAGUCACAUCAACGCGCAAGUUACCAACAAUGGCCAAGCGUCGGUCGAGGACAAGAUGUGGGAUUACGUGUCAGAGCACCAUUGGCCACAGUCGAAGCAGAGUGACAAGCGUGUGUCUGGUCGAAAGCUCCGCGACAUGUACAAGAAGAUUUCUGGGAAAGACAGCGCUGCUUCAAAGACGAGUCCGACCAAGCCGAAGCCGACGCCGGUCGAGGCUGGACCAUCAUCUGCAGCUGCGCCAUCGAAUGGUGUAGCGUCCGUCAAGGCGGAGGCUGCUGGCAUGGAUAUUCACAGUCCGCAGGCUGACUUGGCUCCCAAGACGGAGUCCACCAAAGCGGAGUCCACCAAGCCAGAGGCACCACCCAAGGACGAGCAGGUGAAGGUGGAUGCGGCGCAGCCGCCUAUCAAGUCUGAGCAGGCGACUGAGGGGUCCGAGCCUGAACCGGUCAAGGCGACCAGCGAGUCCAAGGAGUCCAAUGGAGCAGAGCCUGGCGACGAGAAGGUCUAG